GUACGUGCAGUUCGUGAUGGGCGUACGCACUGACCGGACGGAGAGGUCAUCGUAUCGUCUGCUCGCAUUGAUCAGCUGGAUGUUUUGGCUAAAAAACUUCCAGUUCGCCCCGUAUAUUGACAAGGAAUUUGUCAAGCAAAUGACGCUUAUGCCUGGCUAUCUUUAGUGCAAGUAGUAGGCCCUACAACUUUGUGGGAAAAUUCAAUUUUCUAAUUAUGUUGACAGGCAUUUGUUGUAAACUCGGGAAAGCACUGCAACCGAAGCAGAUAUGUUUUCAGUCGGUGAUGCGCUUUACUGGCAUUACCGAUCACCGACCGUUCGAUAUUCCUAGAGAGCCGUUCAAUCCUGUUUCUGGCCGGGAACCGACAUGGACGACGGCGGAUGAGGCUGUUCAAAUUGUCAAGUCGGGUGACCGAGUAUUUGUCCAGGGUGGGGGCGCCACACCACAGGAGCUGCUUCAUUCUCUGUGCAAGCAUGGACGUACGGCCGGUUUGAAGGAUGUGGAGUUGGUGCACAUACACACUGAGGGGCCGGGAGAGCAAAUGGAGCCACAAUAUGAGGGUAUUUUCCGGGACAACUCUAUGUUCACCGGCGGCAAUGCGCGCACAGCUAUCGCGGAGGGCAGAGGCGACUACACUCCCAUAUUCCUGAGUGAGAUCCCGUUGCUGUUCCGUCGCGGUGUGUUGGGCUUGGAUGUAGCGUUGGUUCACGUGACUCCGCCGGAUAAGCACGGCUUCUGUUCGAUGGGAAUCAGUGUGGAUGUUACAAGAGCAGCUACCCAGAGUGCUAGAUACAUCAUUGGCCAGUUGAACAAGAAGAUGCCACGGACACUAGGAGAGGGUUUAAUCCACAUCUCGCAUUUUGAUUCCGUGGUGGAGAUCGACAGGCCACUCGCAAACAAAAAACCGUUAAAGAUUUCCGAUGAACAACGGGCCAUCGGGAAAUACAUUGCUGAGAACCUGGUAGAUAACGGCGCCACACUGCAAACUGGUAUUGGCGCGAUUCCAGAUGCUACAAUGUCUUGUUUGACUCAGCAUAAGGAUCUUGGUCUUCAUACAGAGAUGUUCAGUAGCGGCAUUCUACCAUUGGUCAAGAAAGGAGUCAUCACUAAUACUAAGAAACGUAUCCACCAAGGAAAGAUUGUCGGUAGUUUUGCUGUAGGGAGUCAGGAGAUGUAUGACUUCAUGGAUGAUAAUCAAACACUGCUGAUGAUGGAUAUUGCCCACGUGAACAAUACCUCGGUCAUAUCACAGAAUCCCAAAGUGACUGCCAUCAACUCUUGCAUUGAGGUGGAUCUGACAGGCCAGGUGGUUUCUGAUACUAUUGGGACCAGGGUGUACUCAGGUGUUGGCGGACAAGUUGAUUUCAUUCGUGGAGCAGCACUGGGUUUUGACGGACUCGGCAAACCCAUAAUAGCCAUACCAUCAGUCACCAAACGAGGAGAGAGUAAAAUAGUUCCAUUCAUCAAAGAAGGUGCUGGUGUGGUGACUUCCCGCGCCCACGCCCAUUACAUUGUCUCCGAGCAUGGUAUCGCGUACUUGUUUGGCAAGAACCUCCGACAGCGUGCCCACGCGUUGAUCCAAAUCGCUCACCCGGACCACAGAGAAGCGCUGGAGAAAGCUACCUUUGAGCGACUGAAGUGUAUGCCGUCACCGUAAGGGCCAAACACGUAAGCAGAUACCCCAGCCAACCAGCGGGGAGGGGGCCAAGGAGGCAACCUUUUUGGUAUCUAAUUUUAAAUUUGUUUUCAUGAAAUGAAAAUUUGUUUUCAGGAAAUGAAAAUGUACUUCAUGUAGUAGUAAAACCCUCCCCCGAUUAUUUUAAUUUUUGCAAACGAAAAAA